AUGAGGAAUACAGCGUUCUGUAACAAUGACGGGGAUAUGUUAAUCUUGCCCCAAGAAGGCCGACUUGAUAUCCAAACCGAAUUCGGACAUUUGAUGGUUCGACCCGGCGAGCUAGCCGUCAUCCAAGCAGGCAUGAGAUUUACUGUCAGGCUACCUGAUGGUGUUGGGAGAGGUUAUAUUCAGGAGGUCUUUGGCAGUCACUAUGAACUUCCUGAGCUAGGACCGGUGGGUUCUAAUGGAAUGGCGCUGGCCCGAGACUUUGAGAUUCCGGUCGCCAGUUUCGAUGUGGAUCAGUCGAAAUGGACGAUUGUGGUGAAGCUUGUCGGACAGCUCUUUGCCUACGAACAAAACCAUACUCCGUUCGAUGUUGUCGCCUGGCAUGGAACCUACGCGCCGUACAAGUAUGCUAUGGAGAAGUUUAUCAACUCGGCAACAGUAGAUCGUGAUCAGAGCGAUCCAUCAAUCUACUGUGUGCUGACUGCGAAAUCCAAGAUCCCUGGUGUGUCCUUAUCCGACUUCCUCAUCUUUACCCCGAAAUGGAGCGUCACACGCAACACAUUCCGACCACCAUACUAUCACCGAAAUGUUGCUACUGAACUCAUGGGUAUGAUAUACGGAACUUGGGCCGGAUCAGCAACGCUGCUUGAGCCGGGCGGUCUUACAUACGAGCCAAGCUAUAUGCCUCAUGGAGAGUCAUAUGAGCGAUGGAAAGAAGCGACGAGCGUUGACCUUCAACCGCAACGCAUGGGAGAGCAGAGCAUGGCGUUCAUGAUGCAUAUCUCGGGCCAUGUGUCGCUGACCAAAUAUGCGUUGGAACGUAGCGCUAGUCUACAGGCUCUGCAAGAGGAUUUAUGGGAUGACUUCAAACCAGGAUUUCUAAAGCAUCUAGAAGGACAAGCAGACUUGGUCCUAGACACGCAGCCCAAGUUGAACGGCACCAAGCAUACCACGAACGGCAUUUAG